AUGAAACUGAAAGAUUCAUUUUAUGUAGAUAAUUGUCUUGCAAGUAUUGACUCUGUUGCUUACCUAGAAUAUUUCAAAAGAGAGUCUCAAAAAAUUCUAAAAGCAGAUAAAUUUGAUUUAUGUGGAUGGAGAAAAUGUUUUUAUUUUUCAGUUAAACCAUGGAUAUGUCCUGGGCCAAAAAGAAGUGAAAAGAAACAAGUACGAAAAGUUGAGAAAAGUCAUACAAAUUCUGCGAUAUGUUUCAGAACGCUAAAGAGUAGCAAAUUGGAAUAUAAAGUAUGCGAACCCGUAAUAACUAGACAUACUGAGCUUUCUUCAGAAUUGGUGGUUCAGAGUUCGGAAAUUACUACAUGCGACGAAUCGCGUAAUGAACAGCAGCAACUGAUAGAUUCGCCUGAAGAGGUAGUAUAUGGACGAAGAGAUGGGCUGACAGAUUCGCCUGAAGAGAUAGUAUAUGGACGAGGAGACAAUGAAUCGCGUAAUGAACAGCAGCAACUGAUAGAUUCGCCUGAAGAGAUAGUAUAUAGACAAAGAGAUGAUGAAUCGCGUAAUGAACAGCAGCAACUGAUAGAUUCGCCUGAAGAGAUAGUAUAUGGACGAAGAGAUGAUGAAUCGCAUAAUGAACAGCAGCAACUGAUAGAUUCGCCUGAAGAGAUAGUAUAUGGACGAAGAGAUGAUGAAUCGCAUAAUGAACAGCAGCAACUGACAGAUUCGCCUGAAGAGAUAGUAUAUGGACGGAAAGAUGACGAAUCGCGUAAUGAACAGCAACUGAUAAAUUCGUUUGAAGAGAUAGUAUAUGGACGAAGAGACAACGUAUCGUGUAAUGAACAGCAGAAACUGAUAAAUUCGUCUGGAGAGAUAAUAUACAGAAGAAGAGACGACGAAUCGCGUAAUGAACAGCAGCAAGUGAUAGAUUCGUCUGGAGAGAUAAUAUACGGACGAAGGUACGGUGAAUCGCGUAAUGAACAGCAGCAAGUGAUAGAUUCGUCUGAAAAUAUACAAUAUGGACGAAGAGACCAGAGUGCGGAAUCAUCAGGAGCCUCUAAUUCAUUGAUAGUGAAAGCAGUUGACGAUAAUGAAUGCGUUGCUACUGUUUCGUCUUCAAGUGGGGACUUGAUUGUAAGGAAUAAAAUAUCAGUUCUGCAUACAAAAAAUACUAAGUUUUCCCGAAAAUGGGACAAAAAGUAUUACUGUCCAUAUUGUGAAAUACCUUUCGGUAAACUAGUACGACAUAUGGAAAAAGUACAUGCAGAUGAAUCGGAAGUGCAGUUUAUUUUAGCUGCAAAGAAUAACACAAGCAUUUCUAAGCGAAAAAGAGAACGUAUGAUAUGCAAAUUACGAAAUAUAGGAAACCACAAGCAUAAUAUAAACGUACUGGAAAGAGGAGGAGAACUAAUUGUAGUUUAUAGGCCGUCAAUCAAUGUUAAUGUUGAUCCAUGUAAUUACGUACCAUGCCCAACAUGUUAUGGAUAUUAUGGGAAAAAAGAAUUAUGGAAGCAUAAGUGCUUUUUUAAAGGGGAACGGAAACGACGAGAACGAGUAAUUCAAGCGGGUAGGAAUCUUCUUCCAUUUCCAUCACAUGUCGAACAAAAUGUGAGAGAAAUUUUUUUGAGUAUGCGACAAGAUACAAUUUAUGCUAUUGCUAAAUAUGAUCGAGUUAUAUGCGAAUAUUUGCGUCGCAUGUUUUACGCAAAAGGAGGGCACGAAAUUCAUAGGAAAGCACAGAUAAGGAAUAAUAUUCGUGAAAUAGCACGUUUAUUACAAGAAGCGCGUAGAGUAAUUUCAAAUGAAUCAUGCACCUUACAAGAUCUAAUUGAUCCGUCGGAAUAUUCUAAUAUAAUCACAGCUGUGAAAAAUGUAACAGGAUAUAAUGAAAAUGAUCAAAAGUUUUUGAGACCGGAACUUGCAAGAAAAUUAGGAUUACAUUUAAAAACAUCUGCAUCAAUAGUUCAAGGAUUUGCGCUCACUGACAAUAAUCGUCAGCUUCUUGAAAGAAGUGAAAAUUUUCUAAAGUUGCACAACACAAAAUUUUACUCUGAAAUUGGAGCUCAAGUGCUCCGUAACAGAAACGAAAGUAAACUUAAUAUGCAAAAAUCUUCUCCCGCUUGGUAAAGAUGUAAUAAAAUUAAAUAAAUAUUUAAAAUUUCUAUCAGAAGAGAAUAUGAAAGUGUUGGAAGAUAAAAGAGUAUCAAAAUCACGACUGAUUGAAGCGUGGACAUGUUUACAAAAAGUGACGUUGGUUCAAAUAAUAAUUUUCAAUAGAAGACGAGAAGGAGAAGUGUCCCGCAUGAAAAUUCAAGAUUACGAAAAUCGAAAAGCCUCUAAAGAGAGGUCAGACAUUGAAAAUACCUUAACCCCAACAGAGAAAGCAUUAUGUCAGUUUUUAACAAGAAUCGAAAUUCGAGGUAAGUGUGAUAGAAAUGUCCUAGUGUUGCUUAUUCCGAGUAUGAAAAAGGCGAUUGACAUUUUGCUGAAAUGAAAAAGGCGAUUGACAUUUGCGAAAAAGGGUAGGAGUGUCAAAAGGAAACAAGUAUCUUUUUGCCAGUUGCAGAUACGGUGUUAAAUUACACUACCGGGAAUCCGUAUGUUUAAGAAAAUUUGCUGAAGAUUCUGGAGUUAGUUCCCCCAAAUUUCUGAGAUCUACUAAACUAAGGAAACACGUAGCUACGUUAUCACAAGUUCUAAAUUUGAAAGUUAAUGAGUUGGAUGUAUUAGCCAAAUUUAUGGGGCAUGAUAUUAGAAUUCAUCGAGAUUAUUAUCCCCUACCGGACAACGUUCUCCAAGUAGCAAAACUUCCAAAAUUAUUUUUAGCUUUGGAUAAAGGACAGUUGCAGAACAAUACAGGAAAAUCUCUAGACGAAAUACAAGUGUCACCAGAAGAAGAUGUCUUAAACGCAAUACAAAAUGAUGACGGAAGUAUGGAAAUAGAAGGCAACAAAAUUUCUUCUGACAUGCAGACUGAAAACAUCUCCAGUCAAGGAAGAGAUUCUGAGUCAGAUCCAGAUUGGUGUCCCCCGCACAAAACUUUAAAUGGUAAAGUGAAGAAGAGACAAAAGAGAAAAAUACCUGUUCGAAGAGUGUGGACUGAAGAAGAAAAGAAAGCUGUUGAAAAGCACCUGCUUUUGAUUUAUAUUAUAUCGCAAAUUACCAAGAGCUAAUGAAAUUAAGAAAUGCAUAUCUGCUGAACCAGCGCUUACACAAAGGCAGUGGAAAAAUGUGAAAGAUUAUUGCCGUAAUCGUAUCAAAAUGUUACACAGAACACGAUUUUAAAUUGCAAAAGAAAUUUUACUUACAUAUUAAUUGUCUAUAGGACUCUUUUUAUUGUGUAUUUCUUUAAUACUAUAUUAUUAUAAGAAGAUACUGCUCUU